AUGUUGCCAAUGUCGGGAGACUAUAAAUUAGAAACGGAGGGCGUUAAGGGUCUGACUUUCAAAAACUCUACCGAUUUGGUGUUCAAAAAUGAAGGACCCAAAAUUUACAUACAAACCGACAAGGCUGUAUAUAAACCUGGUGAUUUGGUACAAUAUCGUGUUUUGGCUUUGGAUGAAAAUACAAGACCCGCGAAACUUCACGAACCCCUAAAUUUGGGUAUUCGUGAUGGUGCCGGAAAUCAUAUCAAACAGUUGAAGGAUAUUCAAAUGACCAAGGGUGUAUAUGCUGGAGAAUUUCAGUUGUCCGAGCAACCGGUUUUGGGUAAUUGGAUUAUUGACAUAACCUCGGGUAAGGAGUCCAAGUCAAAGGUGGAGAAAAAUUUCGAAGUUGCCAAAUAUGUUUUACCGAAAUUUAGUGUCGAUAUUGAAACGGCCAAAGAUGUGGCCAUCUAUGAUGGGGUCAUUAAGAUUACGGUACGUUCUAAAUAUACCUAUGGUAAGCCGGUAAAGGGUAAGGCCACCGUCAGCAUUGCCUCCUCACCAAGGACACAGGCAGCGGAAAAGACCAUCGAUGUCGAUGGUAAAGGUCAUUUGGAAUUCGAUUUGGUCAAAGAUCUGAAACUUGAUCACAGUCAAUUUGAUGCCAUGUCCAAAAAUCAAAACCGCUAUUAUGGUUACCUGCCACCUCUGCAGGUAUUGGCCGUUGUCACCGAGGGCUAUACGGGAAAUUCUCAAAACAAAACCACUUCCAUAAAUUUGGAACAAUCCCGUUAUCGUAUCAAUAUACCGGAAAAUGUUUACGACUAUGUGCCCAAGAAACCAUUCGAAAUUAAGGGGUAUAUUCAAAAGCUGGAUGGGUCUCCAGUUCGUGAUGCCAAAUCCAAAGCCAAAUUGAAUAUUCGAAAGCAAAGUUACUAUUGGCAAGCACCGGGAGAGGAAAAAGUUAAAGCCGAUUAUGUCUAUGAAUCGGAAGUUAAGGAUGAUGGUUCAAUAUCAUUCACCGUGACCAUUCCCGAUGAGGGUUAUUAUGGUGAUGUUACCAUUGAAUUUGAAGAGAAGACACACUAUUUGCCCGGUAUUCGUGCCAAGGAGGAAGAGAAGAAAAGUGAAAAGAAGAAUGACGAAGAAGAGAAAUUUGGUCCGCUGAAAAUUGUUAAGAAAUCUGAAAGCUACAAAUUAUCUGAUGAUGUGGAAUUUGAGGUUAAAUCCGAUGAUGUUAUACCCUAUUUCGUUUAUGUCAUAACGGGACGUGGUAAAUUGUUGGAACAAAAAUACAUUACCCUGCCGGAAAAUACAAAAUCUCACAAGGUAACAAUUAAGCCCACUUAUGAUAUGGUACCCAAUGCCAAAAUCUAUGCCUAUUAUGUUAAAAAUGGUGACCUGAAAUUCAAUGAGGCCACACUAGAGUUCAGUGAUGAUUUUGAAAAUAAGAUUAAAAUAACGGCACCGGAACAAACUAAACCCGGUGAAGAGGUAACCUUAAAUAUAAAAUCUGAUCCAGAUUCAUUUAUUGGCCUUAUGGGUGUCGAUCAAAGUGUUCUGCUGUUGAAAUCUGGUAAUGACUUAGAUCCCAAGACAAUUAAAUCCGAUUUAAAUUCGUAUGACACCUCAACACCAUACAUUCGCGGUUGGGGUACUUAUCCUGGUAAAGAUUCGGGUUUGGUAACACUGACCAAUGCCAAAUAUCCUUACAAUGAAG